AUGCACCGAACAUCCGCCAAUACCGAGACAUCGUCUUAUAAAACUGAUUGUGCCGUCGUGUCCGCUAUAAUCACGAUUGCUAAAAAUGCAUCCAAACGCUCUCCACAUUUCACUUCUGACAACAUAGUGAUUGAGGAUUUCGGCGCUAUCAGUAGCCAGAGUCUCGCUUCAAUAAUGCGUGACAUCACUGACGAGACUAUACGCGGUGGCAAAUGCGAGUAUGAGAAGAGAAGCCCCAAAGCGGAUCCAUCUGAGGAAUUCUCGGCCCACGUGGCCCACGAAUUACGGGAAACAUGGGCGUUAAAGUCAAACCGUGGCAGGAUAUCCGUCAUAGACACGACUAUUUGGGCGCGAACUGCGGGAUCAACGAACUAUAUGCAUGACAAUUAUUAUAAAGGAUCUGUGGAGAACCUGGACUCAUACAUACCCAAGGCAACUCAAAAUACCCAGGGCUCGUCUGUGAAAGGUCAAUUCAAGCGCCUAAUUAUGUGCAAAGUCAAAAUCACCUCCAGACGCAAAACAGGCAAAUUAGCCCAUGUUUUGACUACUAUGACGCUCAAAGAAUAA